CCUCUCUCGCCACUUCACACUGUGGUCAAGGGCAACAACUAUUUCUCCUCUCAAGAUGUCGAAUCUGAGGAUCCUGCUCAUUUUCUUUACUGUACCAUGGAUGUUUUGUGGAACGGCAAAAAAUGAUAAACUGGUGCCUAGAACCAGAGGGAUAUUGAAAAUCAUAGAUCAUGAAGAAUUAAUCUCAGAGACGAGCCCUUUCAUGGAGCAAAGGAAACCAAAGAAAAAGGUCGUUCCUACUCCAGAUUAUGAAAGUCUAGAUAGCACAGUUGACCAGCCGAAAGCCGAAAGUCCAGGAGCAGACAAUAAAGAUGAUAAGGAACUUCCAACUUGUUUGACGUGUGUUUGUCUCACUGGAUCGGUAUACUGCGAGGACGUGUUCCCAGACAUGACAACAGUUCCACCUCUUCCAAAGGAAACAACUUACCUCUAUGCACGCUUCAACAAAAUCACUAAAAUAACCGGCAAAGACUUUGGUGAUAUUGUGACACUGAGAAGAAUCGACCUGUCUGGCAACCUAAUCUCAGAAAUCGAGGACGGAGCCUUUUCAAAACUCACUCAGCUUGAGGAACUAUCACUAGCUGAGAACAAACUGGUGAAGCUGCCAAUGUUGCCAGCCAAACUUAUGUCUCUCAAUGUCAAUCACAAUCAACUUAAAACAAAGGGAGUAAAGGCAAAUGCUUUCAAGAAACUCAGCAAGUUGGCUUACCUCUACCUUGGAGAUAAUGAGCUGGAAGCUGUUCCAACCCUGCCUGAAAGCCUACGUGUAGUUCAUCUACAUAACAACAAUAUAACAACGAUCACAGAUGAAACUUUCUGCAAAGGAAACAACACGCAUUAUAUCAGGUACAACAUGCUGGAGGUUCGAUUUGAUGGAAACCCACUAAUGCUAGCCCAAUAUCCCAACAGCUUCAUCUGUCUGAGGUCUCUACCGAUUGGACACUACAAGUGAUCUGCUGAGGCACGUUGACAUGUUCAAUGAUGAAUAUUUUCAAUGAUCUUUGAGCCAUUGCCUAACUGGCAACCACUGUUAUGAAGUUGUAUUAUAGUAUACAUUUCCAAAAAUGUCACAGCUUAAUACUGAGUUUUGACUAGUAAUUUUUGGUGCAUUUAGAGCAUUUUACAGUUGUGCAAGAAAGCUAUAUAGGCUAUGAAAACAGUUUGCUUGACUUUUGUAAAGUGUAAUCAUUUUGUUAUAUUAAAGUAUUACUACAAUGUGCAGAGAAUGUCUGCAAUAGUACCGCAUGACAGAAAAUGUCUACCAAUCUUCAAAGAGUGUUACUGAAAUCCUUGGUGGUAAAUAAAUACACAUGGAUCAUC